UCGCGCCACAUAAUGUCAAAACCGUUAAUUCCCCCCCUUUUCUCUCACAUCCACAACUUUCUCUCUCUCUUAGGGUUUCACAUUCCUCCAUGAAAAUCAAACACAAAUCUGAACAAUGUUCCAUGGAUUCCAAUCACCAUGAGUUACAUUCGUCUUCCAUCAACCACAAUAAUCUCCAAACCAACACCAUCCACAUUCCCGAAUAACUCUAAGAACUCAUGGUGGACUCAAAUCUUCGAUCCCGGCGGCCAAUUCAUCACCAGAUGGAACCACAUGUUCUUGAUCACCUGCCUCAACGCGCUGUUCGUCGAUCCGCUCUACUUUCUUGUUCCGGAGAUUGCACGAAAGAAGUAUUGUAUGCGGUCCGAUUAUGGAUUUGCCGCGAUUAUUACUGUGUGGCGUUCGUUGAUUGAUGUGAUAUCGUUUAUACAUAUUUUUAUUAAGUUUCGGACCGCGUAUGUGGCCCCGAAUUCGAGAGUUUUUGGGAGGGGGGAUCUGGUUAUGGAUCCGCGGAAGAUUGCUCUUCGGUAUCUGAGAACGACUUUUGCGGUUGAUUUGGCUGCAGCUCUCCCAUUGCCGCAGCUUUUCAUCUGGUUUGUGAUUCCAGCAGUGCAAAGUCCUACAGCGGCUCACGCGAACCAUUCAAUAUCGCUCGUUAUCAUCAUUCAGUAUAUUCCAAGACUGUUUGUCAUAUUUCCUUUGAACCAACGCAUUACCAAAACUACUGGCGUAAUCGCCAAAACCGCUUGGGCUGGAGCCGCUUACUAUAUCAUGCUCUAUAUGCUUGCUAGUCAUGUUAUUGGAGCUUCAUGGUAUCUACUCGCCAUUGAACGACAAUACUCGUGUUGGAAAGAAGAAUGUUCGAAAGAGGAAAACGUGACCCAUCCGUGCAAUCGUGUGUAUUUCGAUUGUGACCAUGUGGAUGAGCCAGGUCGUGACGCGUGGUUGAAAGAUACUAAAGUGUUGAGCAAUUGUAGUGCCGAAACUAGCCCGAUUAAUUUUACGUUUGGAAUGUACGCUCCUGCUUUCACUGAAGGCGUUACAUCCGCACCGUUCUUUGAAAAGUACUUUUUUUGCUUUUGGUUCGGCUUGAAAAGUCUAAGUUCGUACGGACAAAAUCUAGAGACGAGUACCAGUGUCGGAGAAACACUCUUUGGCUGUACUGUAUGCCUUGGAGGCUUAGUUAUAUUCUGCUUGCUCAUUGGCAAUAUGCAGACAUACCUCCAAUCUACAACAGCACGACUGGAAGAGUGGCGGGUCAAACGACGAGACACUGAAGAGUGGAUGAGGCACAGACAAUUGCCACCGGAUUUACAAGAUAAAAUACGUAGAUUUGUUCAGUAUAAAUGGCUUGCUACAAGAGGUGUGGAUGAAGAAGAUAUUCUUCGUGCUCUACCUUUGGAUUUACGACGUCAAAUUCAAAGGCAUCUUUGCUUAGCCCUUGUUCGUCGCGUACCUUUCUUUUCACAAAUGGAUGAUGAUCAACUCUUAGAUGUGAUAUGUGAACACCUUGUUCAAUCAUUGAGCACAAAAGGUCAACAUUUGGUUCGUGAAGGGGAUCCGGUCAACGAGAUGACUUUCGUGAUAAGAGGUCAACUUGAGAGUUCCACAACCAAUGGAGGACGGUCCGGAUUUUUCAACUCAAUCACUCUUAAACCUGGUGACUUUUGUGGUGAAGAGUUGUUGACUUGGGCUUUGACUCCUGAGUCAAAUGUGAAUCUCCCAUCCUCGACUCGGACUGUUAAAGCUUUAAAUGAAGUUGAAGCGUUUGCACUUCGAGCAGAAGAUUUAAGAUUUGUCGCUAAACAGUUUAAACGACUUCACAGCAAGAAGCUGCAACACGCGUUCAGGUACUACUCGCACCAGUGGAGAACUUGGGGAUCAUGUCUUAUACAAGCUGCAUGGAGAAAGCACAAGAGGAAGAAACUGGCUGAAGAACUGGCUAGGCAAGAAGGCUUAUUGGACCAAUACUAUAAUGAUGAAAAUGAUGAUGGAGAAAGUGACCAAAAUGCCCAACAUUUGGGAGCUACUAUAUUAGCCUCAAGAUUUGCUGCAAAUACCCGAAAAGGGCUUAGCCACAAGGAAGGUGUUGUAGCUUCUGCUCCAUCCAUGCCCAAAUUGUUUAAGCCAGAUGAGCCCGAUUUCUCUUAAGCCCGUACCUAUGCACGCGUAUAUGCCGAUACUUUUUUUUACGAGUUUAAGUGUCAGUCAUAAGUCAAAAGUCAAAACGGGUCGGGUCAAGUUGAAAAUUGCUACUUUUUCCGAAUUUAUUUUUGUUUAUUUGAAAGACAUAUAUCAUUA